AUGGCUCCCAGCAGCAAGCCCGGCGAGAAUAUGCUCUGGGGAGGCCGCUUCACUGGCGGCCUCGACCCUCUUAUGGUCGAGUACAAUGAGAGUAUUUAUUUCGAUAAGGCUCUCUACAAGGAGGAUAUCCUUGGCAGCAUCGCCUUUGCCCGGGCCAACACCAAGGGCGGAAUCCUGACACAGGACGAGUUCGAAAAGAUCGAGAAGGGCCUUCGCGCCGUUAUGGAAGAGUGGGAGACCGACAGCUUCAAGAUUGUUCCCGGCGUCGAUGAGGAUAUCCACACGGCCAACGAGCGCCGCCUAGGUGAGAUCAUUGGUAAGGACGUUGCCGGUAAGCUGCACACGGGACGCAGCCGUAACGAACAGGUCGCCUGUGAUAUGCGCAUGUGGCUUCGUGACGAGCUGCGCAAGAUCGACGAUUACCUCGUCAACUUCCUCAAGGUCAUCACGGCACGAGCAGAGUCGGAAAUCGAUUAUGUGAUGCCUGGUUACACUCACCUGCAGCGUGCGCAGCCCAUUCGUUGGAGCCACUGGAUGAUGUCUUACGGACUGGCCUUUGCUGCUGACCUGGAGAGGCUGCGUGAGACGAUCAAGCGUGUCAACAAGAGCCCGCUGGGCUGCGGCGCACUAGCCGGCAACCCUUUCGGUAUUGAUCGGGACAUGAUGGCCAAGGAGCUGGGCUUUGAUGGGCUGCUGUGGAACUCGAUGGGAGGUGUCGCAGACCGUGACUUUGUCGCCGAGUUCCUGCAGUGGGCGUCCAUGGUCAUGACGCACAUUUCCCGAUGGGCCGAGGAUCUUAUCAUCUACUCAACAGCCGAGUUCGGCUUUGUUCGCCUCGCGGAUGCCUACUCAACAGGAAGCUCUCUCAUGCCGCAGAAGAAGAACCCAGACAGUCUCGAGCUUCUCCGAGGCAAGAGUGGCCGUGUUUUCGGCCGUGCCGCCGGCUUCAUGAUGACGCUCAAGGGCCUGGCGAGCACAUACAACAAGGAUCUGCAGGAGAGCUGGGAGCCCAUGUUGGACACGGUCAAGUCCGUUAGUGACAGCAUUCGCAUCGCCGAGGGCGUGCUGUCGACACUUCAGACCAAGCCAGAAAAGAUGAAGGCCGCCCUCGACCCCUUCAUGUUGGCCACCGACAUCGCAGACUACCUGGUCCGCAAGGGCGUCCCAUUCCGUGAGACCCACCACAUUUCUGGCCAGGUCGUUGCUCUCUCUGAGAACACGAACACGCCCAUGGACCAGCUUACCUACGAGCAGCUCAAGCAAGUUGACUCUCGAUUUGAGAAGGAUAUUGCUGAGAGCUUCGAUUAUGAAAAGAGUGUAGAGAUGCGUUCCGCCAAGGGUGGUACCAGCAAGGAUAGUGUGCUCGAGCAGAUUCGCGUUCUCAAGGAAACGCUGAAGGCAUAA